AUGUCAAUCAAUAACACUCAAUCUAAUGGAACCAUUUACAUAUUAGCAACAAUCUUCCAAGCCUUGGAAUGCUCUUCUGUUCCAGGAGUGAUGACACUUAGAUUAGAAAAUAUUAUUAGACAACCCACCAACAUUACUGCUGAAGAAACCAAAGCAACUGGUAUUAAGUUGUGUUUUUCUCAGGAGUAUUCCUGUCAUUGUUGGGGAACCUAUGAAUCUAAGGCAGCUUUGCAUGUGGUUCAAAAGCAAACAAAGAAAAACAAGUGUUCUGCUCUUCUUCAUGUGAAAGGAUUCUUUAAGACACCUGAGUUUUAUGAAUUUGUUGUUACAAAAGAUCAUGCAGAGCAUACUCCUGAUAAUAUGCAUAGUGACAUUUGCACCCUUCCUCUUGCAAAGAAAUAUCCUCACGAGUUGGCUCAGUAA